AUGUAUUGCAGCUCAUUGGCAUAUGCGAUCAUUGCACCGUUCACAGGCCAAGUGACGGAUCGCAUCGAAGGUCGUAUUGGCUUGCUCGUUGCAUAUGUGAUGUCUGGCUUGUGCAACUUAACGCUGGGCAUGCUGUUUGUCACCAACACGUUCACCCAUGUAAGCGUGAUGGCUCUGAACGUUCUGAAAGUGCUCAGCCAAGGCUUUGGCGCGAGUGAGUGCCGUCGUGAAGAUCAAUGCGCCGAGAUCUUGCCAGGUGUGUUUAACAUUCUCGUCUCAAGCGGGUACUACUUGGCAUUCGGGUCUGGCUACUCGAUCAUUGAGGGGUUCGAGUGGCCGUUCCUGUUUUUCAUCCCGACUGCGCGCCUCGCCGUGACGACAGUUAUGUAUUGUGACCAUGCUGUUUAA